CUAAUUCUCACAUUCGUCUCUUGUCCUCCAUCUUUGUUCUGAAUUUGGUUUCUGUCUCACCGAUGGCGAUACUCUCUCUACGAUCUCCAAGCUCGUUGCAGCUCGUUUGUUCAUCUGUUUCUCCUAUGCGCUCGAAACCCUUGUUUCAGUUACCAUCCAAUUUUUCAUCUUCGAUUGCCUCUGUUCCUUCCACCAGAUUAAAAUCCAACAAUACUUGCGUUUCACCGAUCUUCAGAGACGGUCUAGUUUUCGCGAACGCUGCGACCGGAGCCGCUGGUUCCGUUACUGAGUACAGAGAAGAUAUCGGCGAGAUCCUCGGCGAUGUCUCCAUCUUUACUGCUUCCGGCCAGCGCGUGCAAUUUACUGAUCUCUGGGAUCAGAAAGAUGGAAUUGCCGCUGUUGUUCUUUUGAGGCAUUUCGGAUGCGUUUGCUGCUGGGAACUUGCUACUGCAUUGAAAGAGGCGAAGCCAAGAUUUGAUGCGGCUGGUGUUAAAUUGGUGGCUGUUGGUGUUGGAACUCCUGAUAAGGCUCGUAUACUUGCAUCUCGGUUACCUUUUCCCAUGGAAUGUCUUUACGCGGAUCCUGAACGCAAGGCAUAUGAUGUUCUUGGUUUAUACUACGGUUUAGGCCGCACUUUCUUCAACCCAGCAAGUGCUAAGGUCUUCUCGAGAUUUGAUGAGUUACGAGAAGCUACAAAGAAUUACACCAUCAAAGCCACUCCUGAAGACAGAAGCAGUGUGCUGCAACAGGGAGGUACGUUUGUUUUCAGAGGCAAGAAGCUGUUGUAUGGUCGAAAAGAUGAAGGUACUGGAGAUCAUCCAUCUAUAGAUGAUGUCAUCAAUGUCUGCUGCAAAGCCACUGUUGCUUGAACAUUGGAUUAAAGUCUCUCUGAUUUGUCUUAAUACUUAGAUCACUGUAUAUUUGCAGCUAUUAAUGUCUCUCUAUACACUAUACUUUUUCAAGUUUCUAAAUAAAUUGGAAGAGCCACAUGUA